AUGCCAAAGAUAACACAUGAUAGAUCACUACAUAGUAGUGCACCAAGACCAUCAAAUAAAAAAGAUGUAUUUGCAAAGUCAGAGAAAGAGUCAUCGUUUGUAAAUGUACCAAAGGCACAGCUAGAUUUAAAUAUUUUACAGAGCAAUAUCAAACCACUGAGUGGAUUACCUUUGAAAUUGAAUAUUCCUGAAUCGGAGGAUAUGAUAGAUAGACGUCCACAACCACUUGCAAAGAAAGAGAAAAGAAAACAAAAGAAAGAAGCAUUUUUAAAGAAGUUGGAACCUUUUGCAAAGAAAUCAACAUCAACAACAGAAUCAAACAAAUCUACAUCAAAUGAAAACAGACAUAAUAACAAUAACAAUAACAAUAGUAAUAAAUCAUCGUUGAAUUCCUCCGAGGAUUUGAUGGCAGCACUACUAAGUGAAUUGAGUGAUGACGACGACGAUGAAAACAAACCAAAGAAUAUGGGAAACAGCGGUACCUCUACAAUGACCACAAGAAAGAAAAAGAAGAUUGCUUUAAAGGAAAUUGAACAAUAUAAGAAUGUUUUAGCGCAUCCAUCAUACCAAUCGGAUCCUUUCGCAACACUCAAAGAACACCUUUCGAAUUCAGUUCAAAUACAAAACGAGAAGAUGGCAGAGCAAAAUAAACUUAGAAACAAACAAAACGAUAUCAUGAAGAAACAACCACUGAAAAAGAAAGAUAAGAAAUCAAGUAAAAAGAAUCCAUACUACGAUGCUGGAAAUAAAAUGGAUUUGAAUUAA